GGACCCCCUCCCCUGUGUUCCCUGGAAUCUACCUUAGCUGGGGCAAGAAGAUUCCCCCCAACUGUGUGUAUUUCCCUAUUCCCUAAGGAACAGGCUGGCUACCACCUACUGGCUUAUGGGAACCUGCUGAUGGCUACUUGCCAUUUCUCCAAUAAACGCCUCAUCCUGUGAUACCAACUGUUUGCUCUUUGGGUCCUGCCCUAUGUCUGGGAACUCACGGCCCUGAGGUUGUGACAUAAUUUGGUGGCAGCAGUGGGAUAGGAUCCCAGGACCCAACUGGCACCAUGAGCACCCCACCUGGAUUCUACGCUGACCCAUUGGAUCUCUUCGCUUGCAUGGAUUACUCCUGGACUCCAGAGAUCCCUACUGAUCCCAGAGAGAGGACCCUGUUCUGGCUGAGAUGUGAGUCACUGGGACUAUCUGGGGAUGAGGGUCUGGCAUAUGGAGUAGGGCAGUUAGUGGCAGGAGAGGCAGACCUGGAGGAUGGGUACUAUGUUCUGCAGCGCACCAUGCACCAACCAGGUGGGAGAUAUUGGCACAGUCCCUAUACAGUGCUCCCGCUUCCCUGUAGCUUGGCGGAAUGGCACAGCCAAUGGGAGAGGCUGAAUUUCUGUGACUAUAGCACCUUUGUGGGUAACCCAGAGGAGGAAUUCCAUACCCUCUAUGCACAGCGCUUCUUUUAUAUAGGAAUGAAUGAUACAGAGGAACGGAGGGACUGGCUUGCUGACCUGGUGUAUCAGGAACUGGAAUUGAUAAAAGAGUAUGGGAGUAUCCAGGAAUUGGAAAACCAACGCAAGGAAGCACUGAGGGUAUGUGCACCAUCUUUUUGUGGUUUUCAGCAGGCACAGCCAUGUCUUGGUACUGUAGGUCCAAAAGACUUUCACUUACCCCCCAGUACAGUCAGUGCCGGGGUGGGGGAGGAACAAGAAGCUUCCCAAACAACUUUAUUUUGGUCCCCAAGUGAAAUCCCUGUUUGUUUAGAGUUCAGUGGUUGUGUUACCCCUGGGCUGGCAGAACCCGAGAGUGGGUGCUGCCAUUUUAAAGGCUUGGCAGAGGCUGAGGCCUCCCCAAGUGAAAUCCCAGUCUGUAUGGAGUCCAGUGGUUGUGUUACCCCUGUGCUGGUAGAACCGGAGAGUGGGUGCUGCCACUUUAAAGGCUUGGCAGAGGCUGAGGCCUCCCCAAGUGAAAUCCCUAAUUGUGUGGAGCCUGGAGCUGCUCAGUUUGAAAAAAUCUCCAAGGAGGGAAGAGAUGAGGAUUCCCCACUACCUGAGUUGUUGCUGGCUGGAGAGGAACAGGACCAAGAGGAAAGCAUUGCUCAGGAUUCCCCAAUGUCUAUCAGAGCAGUCAGUUCUGGGAAUGGAGUAAGGGGCACCCCAAAAGCACAACGUGUAACCAGGGCAGUUGUUCCGGAAACCCCCUCUGGCAGACAACAAGGCCAGAGAAUUACCCCACAGAGAAAUAAAACACUGGUGAGUCCCCGUGCUGUCCCUACAAUAUCUCCCAGAUGGAGGGGUCCCCCAUUGUGUAAUGUUACAGGGACCGGGGCCUUGAGAAAGGUUUGGUGGAACUUAGAAUUAAAGGAAAGACAGGGGGAUAAACAUUUGUCUAAUACUCUUUGGGGUCCACUGGUCAUUGGGGUCACUUGAAGAUGAGUCACCUUGGCCUGACUGCUUGGGGGGGGGGGGAAUACAGACUGUACCACCUGGGAUUGUUCCCUUCUCCCUGGAAGGCCCCUUUAUUGUCCUGGAGGCCAGAACUGUGACAUUACAGGGUCGCCCAUAUGGAGGAGAGAGGGUUAAUGACGGCCGCCCUGAAAUAUCCCUCUUAGAUCCUGUGGGUUCUGUUUACACCCCAUCUUUUUAUUCCUGUUUUGCCAAUAUGCCCCCCCCAAGGAACUAAAGACUUUUGCUUUAUGGGAAUUGGCUAGUGAGGCUGCUGGGAACCUGUGUAGGCCCCCAGCAGGCUCACUAUUUGGGAAGGGGGAGAAAUGUGACAUAACAAACUGUAUAAGUUG